AACGGAUUGUGGCUGACCGGAGAGGAGCUCACUGAAUCCUAGCAGCCCAUAAAAGGAAUCUUUCCUGGAAACAUGGCGGCAAAGGGCUCGACUUUUGUUGUGACAAUAUUAGUGUUGGGCAAUGUUAUUAUCAUGCUUGCAGGUCUGGCCCUUUACGCUGAGUCUGUCUGGGUAACAGCCGAUCCAUACAAAGUGUACCCCAUCAUGGGAGUGUCAGGCAAGGAUGACGUCUAUGCAGGUGCCUGGAUCUCCAUUUUCACUGGGUUUUGUUUCUUCUGCGUCUGUGUCUUUGGCAUCAUCAGCCUCGUGAAUGGCAACCGCCUCAUGGUGUUGUUGUAUCUGGUGCUCAUCCUGAUUGUCUACCUGUUUGAGUGCGCUUCUUGCAUCACCUCCUACACGCAUCGUGAUUUUGUAGUUUCAAAUUCCAGGUUGAUAACCAAACAGAUGUUGUCCUACUACUCUGCUGAUUCAUACCAAGGACGGGAACUCACCCGUAUGUGGAAUCGCUUCAUGAUGGAGCAACAGUGCUGUGGCACCAAUGACCCCAUGGAUUGGGUGAACUACACCUCGGUCUUUCGAAGCAGGUACCCUGAAAUAGUGGCUCCCUGGCCAUUCUUCUGCUGCAAACGGGAUCGGAACUUCAUUAUCAUCAAUGAGGAAGGAUGCCGACUGGGGCAUGUGGAUUACAUCAACACACAGGGCUGCUUUGAGCACAUUAAGCAUGCCGUACAGAGCUAUGCCUGGGGUGUCUCCUGGUUCGGAUUUGCCAUUCUUAUGCUCACGGUCCCUGUUGUUCUUCUGGCUAUAUACCAUUACACCACAAUGUGAGGAGCCCAGCUGGUGAAGCUGACUUUGCCGCAUGAUGUCCUAUUACCCUCUAGGGCAGCCGAGGCACCCUGAAUCACUCUUAUGAGGAGACCUCUUAUGGUUUCUUUUUGUACACAUGCUGUACCACAAUCAGCUUUCCUUGACUGGCCUAACCACUGGGCUGGAUUUCCUGUGGCUGCUUCUGCUUGACACCUUUAGCUUUAUCAUGUUGUCACACAUGCCUCCUAUGGAAUAUAUGUUCCCAGCUACAUGUGUAAUUUUUUUUGUAAAAAAAAAAAGU